AAAACUGUGAGCUCGACAUGUACUUACACACGCCGAAUCUCGUUCUAGAGCGGAUUCUCGAGAGUCUCCGCUCGGCGGGAACACGAAGGAUGUCGCCGCUCUCCGUCUUCGUACGAUACGAAACUUUCCAAGUCGAGUGACGAGAAAUAUUCAGCGUGUAAUUGAGCAAUAAAGACCUUUGUCUUUCAUCUUCACAACUCGUCAACCGUCUCGCUGUUGCGUCAAAGCUAUUGCGUACAUCUUUUACAGACGCAUUCAACGAUUACAGAUUUUUUUUUACACGAGUCUUGUGUUUAAUAAGUGACAUAAAAAAAAUUGAAGCAACAUGUCAUCGCUGGAAUAAAUGAUCUUACACGUUUUGAGUUGUCAACGUCUAUUUCAUUAGUCAGCUUGCGUUUUUUCUCAAACCAUGCGAUUGAGUAAAACGGAACUUAUCGCGCCGUUAAACAUUAUCUUGUUUCGUACGUAUGUCAUUCGGUCCCGUCGUCAGGUCUUGGCCUACGCUACGUUUCAUUCUUCCGAACCACGAACGUAAGAUAAUAUACUCGUGUCCGGAGUAUAGAGUAGAGGAAUGUCGCGAUUAUCCUAUUCGUGCGAGUAACGUGGGAAGCGAUUUGCAUUCGUUACGCCGUUACUGGUCCUUCUCAAUGGGAGUGUCGCUCAGUGUUACAAAUUAGCAUAGGCUGCUCGGUUACGGUCUCAUUAUGUAGUUCUUAGAUAAUGCCACCGUCCCUCCCCGCGUCCGCGGUAAGUCACCGCCGAUGACAUAGCGAUAACAUCACCGCGAGUUGGAGCGGCUUUUUUUUUAAACAUAGCUGCCGCGGAGCAGUCGGUGCCAUUGGUUUCCACGCGCGGGAAGGCGUCGGUGGCGCGCAUCAAGUCAACGAUCCGUAGCGGACCAUCCUCGAGCCGUGUGUCUCCCCGUGAUCGCUCGAGAAACUGGAAUCGCGCACAAAUGGCCGAGGACUUGCGUGAAGGACUGCUCUUGGGCAUGGGAAAUCCUCUCCUGGAUAUCUCUGCAAACGUAGACCAUGAACUUUUGAAAAAAUACGAUUUGAAGGCCAACAAUGCCAUACUCGCCGAGGAGAAGCACAAGCCUUUAUACGAGGAGUUAAUCGACUUGUACAACGCUGACUUCACCGCGGGUGGAUCUGUGCAGAAUACCAUGAGAGUGGCGCAAUGGUUCCUGCAAAAGCCAAAAAUCGCCACUUACAUGGGCUGCGUCGGCAGAGACAAGUAUUCCAAGAUCCUGGAGGAUAAGGCGGCCGCGGACGGCUUGAACGUUCGCUAUCAGUACACCGAUCAGGAGCCGACUGGAACGUGCGCGGUGCUCAUUACGGGGAAGGAACGCUCCCUGUGCGCGAAUUUGGCAGCGGCAAAUUGCUUCUCACCGUCGCACAUCGAAAAACCGGAGAACAAACAUCUGAUAGAUAUCGCGAGAUACAUCUACAUAUCGGGAUUUUUCUUGACGGUCAGUUCCGAGUCCAUACAAACGGUAGCCAGGCACGCUUACGAGAACGACAAGAUGUUCAUGAUGAAUCUCAGCGCGCCGUUUCUGUGCGAGUUCUUCCAAAGGCCGAUGCUGGCGGCGUUCCCCUACGUGGACAUCUUAUUCGGGAACGAGACGGAAGCGGACGCGUUCGCGAAGGCAAACAAUCUUAACGCGACGGACAAAAAGCAGAUCGCGCUGAAGAUAUCGGAAAUGGAGAAGAUCAACGGCAAGAGGAAAAGGAUCGUCGUGAUCACGCAGGGCGCCGAAGCGGUGCUCGUGGCCAAGGACGGGACGGUCGUGGAGUAUCCCGUUGUAAAACUGCCAGAGGAGAAAGUUGUAGACACCAAUGCCGCCGGGGAUGCUUUUGUCGGUGGCUUUCUCGCACAACUUGUACAAGGCAAAAGCACAGACACGUGUAUAAAAUGCGGCAUUUGGGCGGCGACGCAGAUCGUACAGAAAUCCGGAUGUACUUACGAUGGAAAGCCGAACUUCCAGUCUUGAUCGGCUACCAGUGUGAUAACGGGCAUUAAAACGGGUGUACUUAAUAAACAUCUUAAUAAUUUUUUUUUACCUUGAAUUUGACCCCUAUCUUUUGUAUCUUUUGAGCUUUACGAGUGCCAAUUUGAGGCGAGUGCAGAUUAUAAAAAUUUUUAUUCAUUAAAA